CCUUUCCCUUCUCGCGCCUUUCUCCUCUCGCCGUUUUCUUUUUCGCGAGAAACAACAGCGCCCACGCCGCCACGCCGCCAGGCUAGGGUUUUGGGGCUCCUAGCGCCAGCUCUGUCCCGAGCGCCCGUCCGUCCAGGGCUCUGCCGGCCGUCCGUCCAGGGCUCCGCCGGCCGCCUAUCCGGGGGACCGCCGGCCUGCCAGCCGUCCGUCCAGGGGCAGCGCCGCCGGCCGCCCGUCCAGGGCACCACCACCUCGCCAUCGACCGUCCAUCCAGGUCACCCCGACGACGACGUGUGCUGCUACUGCUGAUUCACUUUGAGGUGCACGAUAGCUGGUGGAAGGGAAAGGCCAAAAGGGAGAAGAAAACGAGAAAAUAAAAGUUUCAGGCGCCGCUUCAAAAUCCCGCCUCAAACGGUCAAAAGCCCCUGAUCCCCCUUUCCCCUACCGGGCCUCUCCGCUGCCGCCUCAUCCUCCACCCCCCUCACUUUCCUGUCGCGAUGCCACGGCGGCGGCGGCGGCGGCGUGCGGCACCCGGCGGCCAAGUUCCCCCAGAGCUACGCCUGGCUUAUGGCGCCCGCGCGCUCACGCUCGGCCGCGCGGUUUUCUCCCUCCUGCCCUCGCCUCGACAUUGUGAGUCCCCCUGUCCUGCGUGCCGGGGAAGAGUGGCCUCGGGGUGCCUCGCGUGCCGCCGCUGGGAGCACCUCCUCCGUGACGGGGACCCCGUCGCUUAUCGCCGCCUCAUCACACGAGCCGUCUGCGCCAUUGCGGCCGACGAUCUGUCCGCGCCCCCGCCGCCCCGGUACACUCCGGGCAACUCCGGGCAUUCGCAGGCCAGGCUCGUUCGGGAGAUGAUGAAGUCGAUCGUUGCGGAUCAGUCUCAUGGAACCAAGAACGUCCUCUGCAAUGGUUUGCACGAGGGUGGCCAGUCUAUAUGUAUCAGUGAUCUUGUUUCUUCUUCAUCUUGGAGUAUUCUUUUGCACAGAAUCGGGGAUCUUCUCAUGUGCUAUUUGCUGAGGUGCACAUCAAUCUUUCUGCCUGUUAAAAAGAAUGAUUAUUUUCAGGUCUCUGGUGUUCCACUCAAUGUGGUUCUGCGAAAUCCUAUAUUUGCAAGUACUGUUGCGAGAAAACAUCAACCCCAAACUACAAAAGCAAAAUGUCAUACAUGCUACCUGUGGAAAAGUGCAAACAUGGCGGAAAACUUAUCUAUUUGUCAUGACAGUUCAAAUUCUGGAGUUAAUUCUUCGUUUAGCAGCACUUGCAAAAUUGUUACUCAACAAAGCUGUGAAACAUGUGGUUCCAUAAGAAGAGCAGAAUCCAAAGAUCCAAGUGAAGGAUGUAAUUGUCCAAAAUUUCCUUCUGAUGGUAGAUCAGGAGAGUGUUGCAACUGCUAUACCCACAACACCAGGAAAAGAAAAAGGUUAUACAGUUGGCAGCGCCGCAGCAAAAAGAAACAGGUCUGUUCUGUGGAUGAGUCUUCAGCAGAAUGGAGUAAAUUAAAUGGCAGUAAUUUCAAUAUGUCUAAUGGUCCAUCGGAGAACCUGGCUGGAAAAAUGAAUGAUCAAGCACAAUCUGUCGAGCUCACAGUAGAUAAUACUUCUUUGGCAAGGAGCAAUGAUGACAGUUCUUCAGAAAUCAAAGUAAUUAAUGCUACUAUCUUGUCAUCAGAAAAAUCACCUUGUUCAGUGUUCGACAUAAGGGGUUCCCAGGGUUUAUCUUGUCAUUACAGCCUGUCAGAAGUCCAGUACCAAUCUACAUGUCCCCAAGUUGGGCCCUCCAGUUACUUACAUCUGAAUAGUUGUUCCAUCUGCUUCAAUUGUAUAAUAUCAAAUGCAUCCAAACAUUUAUCAUUAGAUUCCUUGAUAUCAAGAAAUGGUAUUUUCUAUAACAGAAGGACAACCUAUAGUGUCUUCCAUUGCAAACACAUAUUAAGCAAAAGGAAAAGGCCAGAUGCUCUAUCUCUUGUAAAGCACAUAUUUGGAAUCAAUAGUUGCUGUGCAAGCUUAUUGAAAUACAACUGCCACGAAUCUACAAUCAGAAAGUCUAAUUGCUUGUGCUGUUGGCUGCCCAAAUCAAUUAAAAAUCUCAUAAGGAAUUCUAAACGUUGCCAAUAUAAGAAAUUAUUUCUGAAGCAUUGUUCUGUCAAGUGUAAGGUGGCACCUGAUGUGACCAAGAAUGAUGGCAAGGCACAUUAUCCACCUGGAGGAAAAGCAGCAUAUUAUGAUCGAUCAUUUUCUCGAUUGGAAGCGUAUAGCACCCAUCAACAAGUAGCUUCUUUUGUUUGGGCAGUGCUGAAACGAAUAGUACCAAAGCCAUUGCUUGGAAACUCUUUUGGCAAGAGAUCUUUGAGGACAAAUAUAUGGAAGUUCAUAAAGUUACGUAGGUUUGAAACAUUUCAAUUAAGUGAUUGUAUUGGCGAUCUGAAGGUAUCACAUUAUUCUUGGUUAUCAAAUAUUGAAUUCUCUAACUGCUUUUGUUCUGCAAUAAUUGGGAAACAAACUGGGUCAUCAACUAGUGCAGAAGAGCAGAAACAGAAAAAUAUUUUGCAUUGCUGGAUUAGCUGGUUAUUUUCUGAUAUUGUGAUUCCUGUGGUCCGUACAUACUUUUAUGUUACAGAAAGAGAAUCAAAACGAUAUGAUGUUUUUUAUUACCCAAAGUCAGUAUGGAGGGACUUAACUAGCAAUGCCAUUGCUUCCUUAAAUAAGAAAAACUUCAGGAUUUUGCGCGGUGAACCUAGGAAAGCAGUUAGGCAUUUGAACUGUUCGUCAAGAGUGAGGUUUCUUCCAAAAGCAAAAGAUAUGAGACCAUUAGUAGACCUCAGAGCUAAAUCGAAGGAUGCCAAUCUCAAUAAAUGUCAUUUAAUUAUGAAAAAGCUAAGAGAUGAGAAACCAGAGAUGUUUGGUUCAUCGGUUUUUGAUUACAAUAAUGUUCACCAAAAUCUUUCCCAAUUUAUUUCUUCAAAAAGAAGCCAGUUGAUGAAGAAGUUAAAGGUAUAUAUUGUUGUUGCUGAUGUAUCGAAGGCAUUUGAUUGUGUCAGUCAUGACAUGGUUCUAAAAAUGAUAGACGAUGCUUUCAAGUGUGAUGAGUACACAGUGAGGAAAUGCUCAAAGGUAAUUUGUAACAGGUCUAAGAAUUCCUUGUACCGGUUUGAUUCAAAUGCUUCUAUUGGCAAUGGUAACAGUAUCUAUGAUUUAUCAAUUCAGCUAUCAUCAGGUGGUGGCAUUUUUGUUGAUCAGGGUACUAUUUGUAGAAUACUAAAGGAACAGUUUCAUCAUCUUCUGUAUGAGCAAAUAAAAUGCAAUAUUUUGAAGAUUGGGCAAAAGUAUUACUUACAACAAGUAGGGAUUGCUCAAGGAAGCAAGUUAUCUCCCAACCUGUGUUCCCUGUACUAUGGCCACCUGGAAAAUUCAGUGCUAUCAAAAUUUCUGCAUGAUAGCAAGCUUAAUGCAGGAGAGGCUUUUUCGGAACCUGAAUAUUUGUUAAUGAGGUUCAUUGAUGAUUUCAUAUUUAUCUCUUUCUCACUGGAGCAUGCUCAAAAAUUCCUCAAUAGGAUGAGAAGAGGUUUUGUGUUCUACAAUUGCUACAUGAACGACAGCAAAUAUGGCUUUAAUUUCUGUGCUGGAAAUAGUGAGCCUUCCUCUAAUAGACUCUACAGGGGUGAUGAUGGAGUCUCAUUCAUGCCAUGGAGUGGUUUGCUAAUAAAUUGUGAAACUUUGGAAAUUCAAGCUGAUUAUACGAGGUAUUUAGAUAUCACCAUUAUCUCCACCAUCACUGUUAAGAUGCAUUCUUCAACAAAGUAUAUCCACAGCAAGCUAUGCCAUUAUAUGCGUCCAAAAUGCCAUCCCAUUUUCUAUGACUCCAAUAUCAAUUCACCUGGUACCAUAAGAGUAAAUAUUUAUCAAGCCUUCCUGUUAUGUGCAAUGAAGUUCCACUGUUAUAUUCGAAGCGUUUCCGAUGCCAACGUAAGCAAAUUAGAACUGCUGCAAGUAAUUAAGAGAACCUUCAGAUACAUGCAUAGCCUAAUUGUCAGACGGAUGCAAGAUGUGGAGCUGCACUAUAAUGUGCGUCCAGUUCUGAAGCUUAGGCGAAAAGAAACCAUUUGGCUUGGUUUAACUGCAUACAUUCGUGUGCUUCAGCAGAAACAAUCACGUUACAAGGAUAUGCUGACUUUGUUGACAGCAGAGCUUGGGAGAUAUUGCCAUUUAGGUCAUGAAUGUGAUACCUUGCGCUAUGCUGUGGAUGAUUCUCACUCGUCUAUGUUCUGGAAAUUUAAGUUCUAGAAACUAGAAGUUGCUUUCCUGGUGUACUGCAGAAACUACUGUUCUUUUGGAUAUUCUUUUGACAAGUCAUUUUGGGACUUUACCUCCAAUCUGCCGACGUGUCAUCGCACGCAGUACCAAUGCCUACCUCGCUAAAACAUACUCCUGGUGUGUGCAAAACAAACCGGUGGAUUCAUGUCCUAACCUCAUUCAAGGUGCGACUGUUGGCCCGUGUUCUCCAAUCUAGUGUAACGAACGAGAACGAGCACCUCACUAGUCAAAGGUUAAUGGUCUCCUGAGGUGACAGUGGGGUGCCGAUCAUGGUUUUUUUUUAAAGCAUUUUACGACUGAUUGCUCAUUUCUUUAGGAUACCUGGUAGCACUCGAGCAGUAUUAACUUUUUGUAUAAUUUAUUGUGGGCAUUGAUUUGUUUUCCUUAGGUUACUGCAAUUGAAACGAUUGCAUUUUACUAAUUGUUGCCAAUCGGAAUUGUACCCCUUCAAUUUUCAGCAAUUCCAACCUUUUGGCUCUUAAUGCUAAAUCUACUCAGGUCCCUACUAAA